AAUAUGGGGAGAGAAAAUGAGACAUCCAUUGUUGAUUUUGUCCUCCUUGGACUCUUCCCGGGAACGAGGCAUGUCGAGUUCCUGAUCUGUACCAUUCUCCUUGUCUAUGUUGUUGCCAUCACAGGAAACACCAUCUUGAUCCUUCUCCUCUCCCUGGAGCCCCAGCUUCACAGCCCCAUGUACUUUCUGCUCAGCCAGCUGUCCCUCAUGGACAUCUUUCUCAUCUCCAUGACAGUCCCUAAGAUGCUAACCAACUUUUUCUCAGGGACAUCAGAUAUUUCCUACACUGGCUGUGGAAUUCAGAUGUAUUUACAUUCUGCCCUUGGAGGCAGUGAAUGUAUUUUGCUCACCCUUAUGGCCUAUGACCGAUACAUUGCUAUUUGUAACCCCUUGAGAUAUGUGGUCAUCAUGAAUUCUGAAGUUUGCCUGCAGAUGGCCGUCAUGUCCUGGUUAGGGGGUGCAUUUAAUUCCCUAGUGCAAACCACAUAUACUAUGCAUUUUCCCAGAUGUGGCUCAAGAAAAGUACACCAUUUCUUCUGUGAGCUACAGGCAGUCCUCAAGCUGUCAUGUGAAGACACUUCUACUUAUAAUAAAGUUGUGUUUGUGAUUGGUAUCAUCUUUCUCCUCACCCCUUUUGGCCUCAUUCUGACUUCUUACAUUUUUAUUUUCCUCAGUGUUGUCCACUUAAAUUCUUCCAAGGCAAGAAAUAAAGCUCUUGCCACGUGCUCUUCCCAUCUGAUGGUGGUGUUUCUCUACUUUGGUCCAACCAUGUUCAUCUACAUGAUUCCCAGCUCCUUGCACACUGCAGAGCAAGAUGAGGGGCUGUCUGUGUUCUACACCAUCCUCACCCCCAUGAUGAACCCCCUCAUAUACAGCCUAAGGAACAGGGAGGUAGGAGAGGCUUUGCAGAAAAUCCUGGGAAAAGCCUGAGUAUGAAAUAAGAAUGGCAACAUUGAGAGUUUCUAAAUUCAGCCAGCAAAGCCAUGACUUCUUUGUGGAUAAGAAUAUAUGCCUUAAGUUAUCAAUUUUUAACUGUGUGUACAACAUGAAAAUCAUCAGAAUAUUUUAAAUUAUCUAACUGAGCGAUAUGUAAUUUGCCCCCAUGCUUCAGAAAUGUAGAUAUUACUUUGCUAAUUUUGUUCCUGUCAAGCUAUUAACUAUUGGGUUUAUAGCCAAUCUGCUAUGACAAAAAUAAGUUUCCUUAUUUACUAUCAAGCAGACUUAAAAUCAUCCCAAAAGGGCAAGUGCAUGAUUCUUCCACACCUUACUCCUGUCUGCAAAUGACAAUGGUCAUAAUUACCUACACUCUGGCACCAGGAAAAUUUUCUUCAACUAGACUAUAAGACAGUCCAUUCAUUUGAGAACUAAGGGAACACAUGGAAUGUAUCUGGGUGAGACUUGCAGUAAACUUUAAGCAUUUUCUUCCAUAAUUGUGUUCUUUCCAUGUAAGUGGAAAUUUCAGGUCAAUUUAUACAGCAACUAAAAUAAUAUAUUUUAUUCUAGAUAUCCUGCUUUGUUUACAAGAGAAAAAAUCAUAUUCCUUUAGAAACCAAAAGUUUAAUUUCAUGUUCAAGGUAAACAAGAUGUUAAAUGGAAAAACCAUGCAUUUAAACUUAAUUUUCUGCGUCUUCCCUUUGGUUCAUCAUGGAUGAUGUUUCUUUCAGAAAUAAAUAAUAUUAUCUAGUACAAGUAACUUAUAAUUUUGUUCAGAUCCAAAGUCUAAUUUACCAAUGUGUUUAUCAUGAAGUAUUUUCUGCUAAAUUCUCCCU